AUGUCUGACCAUACCCCAUGUGUUUUUACGGACAAUUCCGUCGAACUCUCGCUUCCUAACUUUGACAUUUCCAAUCCACGCGUAUGGUUUAUUCAGGUGGAAGCCACUUUUCGAUGUCGUAAGAUCACUUCACAGUCUUCCAUGUUCUCUUACGUCGUCUCGCGCUUACCUGUCUCCAUUGCAUCUGAAGUCAUUGAUAUUCUUGACCCUAUGCCUGUUGAAUCGCCGUAUGAUAAACUUAAAGCAGCUAUCCUUAAACGCACAACUGCGUCUGAUGAAGCUCGUCUGCAACAGUUACUUUCCGGCGUCGAGCUUGGCGAUCGCACCCCAUCCCAGCUUCUAAGGCACAUGCGUUCCCUAGUUGGUUCGUCGAAACUCGACGAUUCCAUACUCCGCCAACUUUGGACCAAAUGUCUUCCGGCAAACAUCACAGCGAUAUUAUCAGUUCUUAGCGACGAUAUCACGCUGGAGAAGCUCGCAGAAGCUGCGGACAAAACGCACGAAUGUUUCUUUAAGAGUACUCUUAAUCAUCUAACUGAGUCCACCACAGCCAGCUCAUCCCCUAGCACUACGCUUGAUUCGAUAAAUGAUAGAAUAUCCCGUCUAGAACUCAGCAUGUCUGCUAUUCGACGUGAACGCACUACCAGCCGAAGAAGUCCUCGUGAUCCGCGCCGCAGCACAUCACGCUCACGUCAGCGGUCGUACUGUUAUUUCCACCGUCGCUUCGGUAAAUCAGCACGUAACUGUCGCCCAGGAUGCAAAUAUCCGAAAGGAACUUCGAUUUCGCAACCGGGAAACGCCAAAGCCAGCCAGUAA